AUGAUAAAAAAGAUACUGAACAAUCUGAACACCUCAAAUGAAGAAAAGGAUGACAAUUUUAGCCACAGCGAAAAUAUUUUAAACCUAAUCGAAGGAAUAAUUAUACACGAAAAUUCCUAUUGGAAAUAUGUGAACAUAUUAAAUGAAUUAACAACGUUAUGUUAUGAGGAUCCAGUGAACUUUCGGAAAUUCUUUUUUGUAAAAAAUGAAAAUGUCGAAAAGGAGAAGAAGAAGGCCAACCAGAUAUUGGACAGAAUAUUAAUCAUCGUUGAAAAAUAUGAAGAUGCAAGGAGCACAUUUCUUUACGCAAUUUCCAAGUUAAUAUUUAUCAAUGCCUUCGAUCUGAACGUCGAAAUUCUGCGCACUCUCUGCGACUUGGCGUACAACGAGGAAUACAAGUAUGACGUGCACUCGAUCUUCGAGGAAAUUGUGGCGGGGGCCGUGCUGAACUCGGCCGAGAAAGAAACGCUGAAGAAUAUUUUCAAGGGACUACAGCACAUGCCAAGGGAUAAAGCGAUCGCGCGAAGCUUCACUAGUUGCAUACAUAAAGUCAUCAAGCUGCUGGGGGGCUCCUUUGAUGAGCACAUUUUGCGAUUCCUCUCCGUGGCGACGUUGGAUCGGCACAACUGCCUAAUAGCCUACGACGAGGGGCUCCUCAAGAUCCUCACCGCGGAGAUGACCAAACGUGAGGAAGAAAACUUCGAAGAGGUGCCCCUCGACCUGGAGACGGUGUACCGAAUCGUACAGCAACUGUGCGGGAAUCAUGUGAAGCACUGCGCAAUGUUGGUAAAGGAAAAGAUGCACUUAAAUAUCUAUUUCAAGAAAAUCAAGGAAAUAAUAAAAAAAGAUCUUAUGACUCAUUUUGAAAAAAAAAAAUCCAUCUUUUGCAAUAUAAUCCUCAAUACGAUAAAUAACAUUUGCACAUUUGAGAAGGGAAUUUUGUUCGAGCUGUGCAACUCUCACCACUUUAUCGAUCUGCUUUUAAUUGCCAUUAAAAUGGAGAUGAGCAAUCCGUACUUUUUAAGCGCAAGUUUGGCUGGGAUAUUACUAGUAUUAAAAAAUGAAGAGUUGUACAAAAAGAACAUUGAGUAUAUAUUAGAGAACACGAAGGAUUUGAAAAUAGUCUUACCAUUUCUCUUUGGACAGAAAUAUAACUCCAUGCUUCGCUACUACCACAAGGCCGAUGAGGACGUGGAAGUCUACCUACACGAUGUCGUCAAGCACACUCUUGACAUCUUCGCAUUUUUCUUUUUGAAGGACGUAGAUAAAUUCACCAUCAAGGUGAAGAAGGCAUUCAAGAACAGCGACAUUAACUACUACUUGCUCGUCUGCCUCGAAAGCCAAAACGAAGAUGUGGUGAUGCGCCUCCUCAGGUGUAUUCACCUGAUCCCAUUUGACGACUGCAAGUCCAUCGAAUUCCACAAAAUAUUCUUCCUCCUCCGUGAAAGGGAAAUCACGGUGAACGAAAAGUGGAAGGAAAUCUACUACUACUGCGUCAAGAUAUACAUAAAGGUAAUAAAAAAUGAGGAAAUUUCCAAAAUUGUAGAUCAGUACAAAUUCGAGGAAACCCUUACAGGCAUUCUACGCAUUAUGAAUCAGUUCCUCUUGAGGGCGGUUAUCCUCCACAGGAAAAACGAUUUCGUGAUAUUAAAAGAGAACAGAGCAGCUCAGGGGGAACACGGCGAGUACGUAGGGGGUGAAGCGGAGUAUAAGCACCCAGAGGCGAACACUAACGCCCACUCCGAUGAUGGAGAAAUUGACCUAAACAAGAUAACCGUGGAGUUAUUACGCAUGUGCUCCAGGUAUCCCCUCCUGAGAUACUUCAUGAGAAACAACUCCGUGAGCUAUUACUUUAUAAACGUACUGACAAGUGAAGACAUCCUGUUUAGCGAAAUAAACGUAGAUUACGACAUUUUAAUCGAACGGACGUGGUGUUCCAGCAUUGAAAAUGUCUUCAAAGCGUUACUCAAAAAUAACAUUGCAAAGGAUAAAAAGGUAUGUUUACGUCUUUUAAUCAGCAUGGCCGACAUGUUCAGUGGUUACUUUUAUCAGUUCAAGACAGAUACACAUUGCAACAUAUUCGAAUUAUGCACUCUGGAAGAAAAACACUGGAACAGGAGAAAAAUUUUGCAAUAUUUUUACAUGAUGAAUAACGCCGACCUUGAAGAUUACAAGAAGCAGCUUCAAACAUUCGUCAAAUUCCAUAUGACCAAUUUGUACACUCUGCUGCACGCGUUUGUCGAGAAAAAUAUCUUCGCCGAAUUGAAGAAAGAGCAACAGGAAAAUUACUUCCCCGGGGUGCUAAAGUUUAACAAAUUGAAAUAUGAAAGGAAAAUUUCCAAAUUAAAAUUAAGGGAGAAACAGAUCAGAUCAAAAAUUCUACCUGAACAAAUGGAGAGAAGGAAUAGCAAGGCAGGUACGCCUCUCUUUGAUGAGUUGCAAAACAUAAAGAACAAAAAGAGGAAACUCUUUCUGUGGCUACACAAUAAUAACUUCCAGCAAACAUUUGACAUUUCUCUCGUGGAUGAUGACAUCGAGUGUAAUCUUGAGCACAUGUUCGAAAUGCCCAAAGUGGUGAAGAAAAAAAAAACGAUUCGUCCCGCGAGGGGAAAUGUCUACCUCGGAAAGAAUCCUCCUGAUGUUACAAUUUUGAAAAGGGGAUCAUCUGAUGGGUCGCUGGACGACUCACUCGCGAGGGAUGUCAAAAGUGUCAACAAUGGUGCAAGUCAAAUGGAAGGGGAAAUACCACGAACGGGGAAAUUCUCCCCCCAGAGUGUAUCGCUUGGUGAUAAUAAGGAAAUCCCUGGGAGGAGCUUCUCCAGCAGUGAAUCCUCCCACCGUGAUGACGAAUCUUCAGCCUCUUCCCUCGAAGAGGAAGAUCCAAACAAAACGGUCUUAGACAAAAUCUCCUGUGAACUCUUGUCCUUUGAAAAGGAAAAAAUUUACGAGCAGAAGACUAACCACUUGGACAUAUUUCUAUUUAGCAAAAGAGGCCUCUUUGUAAAUUGCAACAAAGGGCAAAUAAAUGUGGCCCACAUUUUGCACACAUUCUUGCGCAUAUUUUUCAGCAUCCUAACAAACAGCCUAAACAGUAAUGAACACGACCACUAUCUACGGGUGAAGGAAUUUUUUUUAAAGACGACUGUCCUUAAGACGAUGAUAAACCUUCUAGCGCAGUGCACUUUUUACGACUGUAGCGUAUAUGCCCAUUUCUUUCAUCUGUAUAGCGAAAUUUUGAAGCAGAAUUUGACGGCAGUGGAGUCCAUGGACAUGUUAAUUUUUUACAACAUUUUUUUCUACUACUGUAAAUUGCUGAGUAGAGAAUUUAUUAACAAACUUAUCAGUGAGGAAUAUGUCUUGUCGGACAAGGAGCAAUAUUUUUAUGCAGAAAAUUGUCAGCUUUUUUAUUUUUUUACGCAAAAAAUUAUUUAUAUUCAAUUUUCUCACUACAGCGAAAUCCAGAAAUGGUGUGUGGACUGUUCCCUGUUCUUUUUCUUUUACAAAAAUAAUAUUCUUCUGCUGCUUUACCUGUUUAUAUACAUUAAUAGCGUCCACCACGGGUCCGUCUACGCCUCCUAUAUUUACCACAGGAAAAAUUUUACCUCCAUUCACACCAUCUUCUUUUACACGCUCUUCACCCUAUCGUACUUGAUGUGCUUUUCCAAAAAGUUGAAGUACUUCAUUUUGUACUUUAUCAAUUAUAAGAAAUAUAUUCACAAGAUCCUCUUUAGGAGGUCCGUCAUUCACGCCCUUUUUCUGUAUCAGAAGCUGAUAUACUUGCGGAUCGUCCUGCAGAAUCAGCUGUCUCUGGAGAGGCACGUCCCCGCGCAGGUUUAUCACAUUUCCCCAGUGAUUUACGUGCGGGAGAACGCCGUCGAAUGGUACUUCCUAGCCAUCGGACUGGACAAGUACUACCUGGUCUAUAUCCCAGACAACUUUGAAGAAAACAUAAUGGAAGAUAAAGACAUCAAACUAGUAAUCCAAUCCGAGAAAAAAUACACAAACAUAACUAGAAUAUGCCUGAGCAAGCAUAGUGACAACUUUUUCGUCUUCGGUUACAUAAGUCACGAGGGCGAUAAGAGCUACGAACUCUAUGACGUAUUCAUAAGCGUUAAUAGACACUUUCGCGAUGAGAUAAUUUCCUACUCGCAAUUUUUAUCCGGGGGAAGUCUCGAAACGAAGGUAGACUUGGUACAAGAUACUGUCUUCACAAAUAACCUGAAGAGGCACAUGAACAUACGGAACGUUAUUAUAACGUCUUUUGCGUAUAAGGAGGUGAAACCAAGUGAGUGCCCCAAAGGGAGGAGAAAGCCAAGGGACAAAAGGAUAGACAACCUAGGCAAUGGUGAACAGCCAAAUGAAGGGUCUCUCCAAUCCGAACCCACUUCAGACCCGGGUUAUAGCGGGUCUAGUGGUACACAUAGCCACCAUGAAGAGAUACCAUACUCUGGAGCCGAAUCGAACGAAGAACAGUUUAACAUUUUUAGGAGAAGCACGGACAGCACGAGAAAGCGGAAACUCUUCUUCCUUGUUUUAACGAAAAAUCAUUUAUACAUUUUUAAAGUGAAUUUUAAAAAGUGGUUAUGUUUAAGUCCAUUCGUCGAUGGAGAAAAGGAUGACAUACACCUUUAUGUUGAGUCCAGCCUAGACAGUGCAGAAGAACUCAUCAGGGGAAGGAAAAAAAUCUUCACCAAUGAGAAGAUAUAUCUGAAUAAUUUCUUGGGAAUCUGUGCCAGUCCUACUGAUGACCAAAACGUUGCAUUUGCCAGGAAGUGUGCAGUACGGAAUACCAUCAAACAGGUGUAUUCGUGUAACAACACGGAGUACACCAACGAGCAUGUCGUGUUGUCGACAAACACCACGUCCACGACGCAGACUGAUGGGCAUAGCGACGAUCAGCAAAACGACCACCGAUAUGACCACCGAGACGAUCAGCGCAAUAUCCAUGAUCUGAUGCACGGGCAACAUUACGAACAUAAUCAGAGGUACCUAUCUGCAAACGAAUCCUUCCUAAAAAUUGUGCACAAAUACAAUAACGAAAAUUUGAACAAAAUUAAAUUUGUUAACAAUUACGAAAGUAUAGUAUCGCUCAACUACAAAGUCAAGCAUGGAGAGUCGCCAGAAAAAAAAAUUAAAAUCAUCAUGUUUGAUGAUUAUACACGGGAGCUCUGGAAACGUUCUCUGGCAUUUUCGCUCAACAUACAGAUGACUUCCUCGUACGUGAAUUUGGCCAGCGAUGGGGAAACGCGGUUUGGGAAACGCGGUUUGGGAAACGCGUCUUGA